AUGAAUAAUUUAACUGUUGAAUCUGAAAUUGAGUUAAAACAAGAUCUUAAGAAACUAUCAUUAGAAGAGCUUCGUAAAUUAAAGGAAAAAAUUGGAAAUGAAGUUUACCAAAAUGCAACUACUAAAAAAUCAAAAUUAGAUCUUCAUUCUAAAUCUGUUAAACGAAAAAACAAAAACAGACCAUCUGAAAUAUCAUCUAAAUUGAACCCUUUUUUGAAUCCUAUCAAAAAUAGUAAACCUAAAAUUAAAACUAUUGUUAAAGAAACCAAAUGUAUUGAUCCCCGAUUUGAUUCUUUGUAUGAAAAUCAAGAUCGAGAAAAACAAAAGUUGGAAGCUCAAGAAAAAUUAAAAUUAGAACAGAGGCAAAAAAGAUUAGAUGCUAUUAAAGAGGGUAAAAAACCUCAAUUUUUAAAGAAACGAGAAUCAAAAAUAUUACACUUGGUUGGACAAUAUGAAGAUUUAAAAUCUCAAGGAAAACUCACCAAGCAUAUUAAACAGAAGAGGAUUCGAAUUAAUUUUUGA